UCUCGGAUUUGCUGAGCCCGGAAACCGGUGAGGGCGCUCACCCCCCGGCGACGUGGAUUAUAGUGCGACGAGCGACGAGGUGGUCGACCCACCUUUAUGGGACCCCAUGGAUAGUAACGUGUCCACUGCGGCCUACAUGCACCGGCCUCCUGGUUCUUCGAAUGCCUCCAUCGCGGGGACCGCGUCCUCCCUCGGCAACGCGGGACUCGCGAGUGGCGGAAGAGUCGCGGUGAUCGGCGUCACCAGGAAUGUCCGACUCCGAAGAAGAGGCGCUUCCGGAUUCGGUUUUUCUCUACGAGGAGGACGAGAAUACGCGGCGGGAUUCUACGUGAGCGACGUCCAGCCUGGAGGCGAGGCUCACCGAAAUGGACUACGGAUAGGCGACCAAAUCUUAAGGGUGAAUGGCUAUCCCGUCGAAGAUGCCGUUCACCAGGAAGUCGCCCUCUUGGCGAAAAAUCAACAAAUUCUCGUUCUCAAAAUUCGAAGUGUGGGGAUGAUACCAGUCAAAGACAAUCCGAACGACCCGGUAACGUGGCAUAUGGUCCAGCAGCAGCAGCAACAGUUCCAGUACAACGAAACCGGUUCGGGAUCUGUUCCAUCGUGUACCGAGGUGCGAAUCCGGAUCACCGUUGGCGAAAAGGGACGCCUUGGAUGUGGAGUUUGUCGAGGAAUCGUACCCGGCCUCACCGUGCAGGGCACGAGGGAAGGUGGACCAGCCCGAGCUGCAGGUUUGAAGGCUGGCGACGUGAUCAUCUGGUGCAACGGGCAACGACUGACGGACCUCCCCUUCGAGCGCGCGAUCGAGGUCAUGCGCGGCGCGGCAGUACUCGACCUGGUGGUGAACCGACCCGCUCCUAAUCAUCUCUACGACUGUCCUGAGACUCUUUGGAUGCGCGGCUCCAGCGGGUACAAUUCCGAGUCCUCCAGCCUGAUCGCGGAAAGCCCACCGCAUAGCGGCAGAAACGCGCCUUCCUCUCCGCAAAGACUCGGCGAGAUCGGCACGGGACCGCGUCGCGGCCACGACGAGCCCUGCGGAAAUGGCCGAAUAUGCUGUCCUUUGGCCCUGUCGACGAGCAGCUGCACCACCUCGGAGUGGAGCCACGUGGACCAGAUGCAAGAGUGGACCAGGAAGUCGAACAACACCACGGUCAUCCAGGUGAACCAGAAUCAGAGUCCAUACCAGCGAUCGGGUUGCUCUCACGGGUUUCAUCCUGGAAUCAGAGGAGAGAAUUACGAAAAGGAAAACGAGCCUCUAUACGAUCCCGUGGCCCCUCGAGCAGAUUACGAAGUCCACGAUUUCGACACAAAUUCUAGACACGACGUGAGGAAUGUCGAGCCCCAAAGACGACAGGUGUAUCAACGCGACAAUUGCGACGUUAUCUAUGACGGUCCUGCCGAUGAUAACAUCGGCUAUUAUACGUCCAAAGUGAAUAACGGACAGCCGGACGGCAACCGACUGGCCGAAUUGCAGCUUAUCCAGAGCCGUACGGAAACCGAAAGGAAAACUGUAACCACCGUGGAAGUUCACUCUGUUUGUCCCCCCGUUCCGCCCUCCAUGCCACCGCCACUUUCCUACAAGUGGCAAGCAGAUACCAAACCGAUGAACGCGAUGGGGAUGCAGAUGGGCAGCACCAUGUCCAUGGGAAGCACGGGGUCCACUGAGACCGAAUCGAGUCUCGAGUCGUCCUGCAGCAAAGACUCGGCAUCGACUUCGUCUUCCCUAUCGACAUCUUCCUGCGACCCUGCGUCAACGGUCUCGUUUGCAUCCAACGGAGGUGCCAACACUGGAACAACGAACAAACCCAACGAACAAGCCCCAGGACGCAUCGGUCGCAUUUGUGCAUCAAGGACAUCUCCUAGUGCAAGCAUCGAUUUGGGUUCGGCUAUUACUCAAGAAUUGCAGAGGCGAGCUCAGCAGCGGCUCUUGAACGCUGCGAAAUCCGAGCAGGGGAAGGAGAAUGUCGCUGAGCCCAGGAAAGUCCAAAAUCCGGAGGCCUUAAGGGUGCAGGAGCAGAAGGUCACGCACGAUAAGCUAAUGGAAGAGUUCAAGCGAGCGCAUCGAAAGAUGUUCAGCGGAGCUCAGCAACACGUUCAAUUCUCGGAUCAAGCCGACGAGCAGGAGCAGGAGAAGCGCCAAGUGAACGGAAGCACUUCGUGUCCUCCACCUCCGCCUCUUCCAUCGUCGGCAAAGGGAAAAAUCGGCGAGGACGCCGUAGAGAUGCAAAGUCUGGAGUCCUUCAAGUUAAAGGAAUCCCCCAGCACGGUACCAAAGCCUCCGCCGACGUAUUUCUCCCCGGCGACCUCGACGAGCGUUGUCGAGAAGGCGCCUCCUGCAGGAAGUCCUCGCCACGGGUCUCCGGGAAUCCCCAAGGAUGCGAAUCCCCAGGACUUGCCUUCAACUAUGGAGUCGAAAAAGAGUCCCCCCGCGCCGCCUCCGAUUAGUGCAAACUCUCAGCCACUCGGCAAGGUAGCUAUCAGGAUAGGCGCUUACGAGGGCGAGGCGAAACAACCCUCCAGGUUGGAGUUCCUUCCUCAGCAGCCGAAACUCGCCGACAAGGACGAGGAACGAGCCAGGGUUCCUGCAGUUUCUAGGUUGCAGAACGAGCUCGCUGCCACGCUGCAGAGGUCAAACCUCAGGAAAAAGACAGAAGGGGAGGUCACAACGAAACCGGUGGUCGCAGAAAACGUAAUUUCAAUCGCGGCUUCCAAUUCCGACACUGCCAAGCCAGUAAGUCUGGUCCAGAGGAACGUUGAGAAGCUAUCAGCGGCCUUGAACAACAAGGUCACCAUCAAAGUGAGCCCGGAGCAGAACGGUCGAUAGAUCUAAGUCUAAACAUCGAAAUUUACCGUCGCACGAUAAAUGGAAGAAGUAUCGAUGUAUUUUAACGACUGUAUAUUAUCGAAGCAGCGUAUACGUUAAGGCUUUUUCUUACAUAGGCGUCCUUUUAUAUAUUAUUUAUUACCCGAGACAUAAAUAAUAUCGAGUAUCAUGUAAACCGUAUGUCGAAGCGCCACAAUUUACAUCUUAGCUGUACGUACACGUAAUGGAUUUGUAAUACUUCCGCGUAAUCUUGAGCUUGUAACACCUCGAAAAUACUGCCGAAAUUCUCGUUCCAGUGGCGGAAGUAAAUAAGCAAGUGUAAUGCCCAUAAUCGUA